UCACGUUAAGCGUUUUAGAACGUCCCCAAAUCCUCGUAUGUGACAGUCAACUAACAUGAUAGUCUACUAGAACAAGUCGAAACGGUAUAUAUUUUUUUUUUUACAGUUUACCGUUUACAGUUUUUACAACAAGAUAACAGCCUACUCACGGAAGGCUUAAUAAAGGGCGCAUGACUCAGAGAGGGGAGGAGAUAUGCUUAGUAUUGACUGCAGGGAGGAGUGAUAGCAAGGAACAGGUUGGGUAGAAGACGGUUAAAAGCGCCACCUUGGCUCCAUGAAUGGGGCUUUUUUCCACUUCAAUACAUUUGUUUUCAGUGCUAUUUAUCUAGCUGGGACAGGCCUGCUGCCAGAGAGUUUCCCAUAGCGACCCAGGGAGUGGACCCGGAAGUUUGACCUCCUUUCUCUCCGUGCCCAGGAAAGUCCCGUCCAGCUCCUCGCCAUGUCUGCUCCUGGUUACCCAGGCUCUUACAGCCAGCCAUCCUACCCAAUGCCUCAGCAGGGUGGCCAGUCUGUAGCCCCUUAUCCAGUUCCUCAGGGCGGGUACGGAGACCGCAGUCAAGCCCCUCCACCAGGCUUCAACAUGGGCUACAGUCCAGCCCAAGCUCCUGUCAUGUAUCAGCCUGGUGCGGUUGGCGCUGGGCCAGUUCCAGGACCGGAGUAUGGUGCCCCUCAGGGAGGGAUCGCUCCGGCUCCAGCUGCGGUUCCUGUUGGUGUCCCACCAGGGCUCGAGUACCUCACACAGAUUGACCAGAUCCUGAUCCAUCAAAAAGUGGAACUCCUAGAAGCAAUUAUUGGGUUUGAGACCAACAACCAGUACGAGAUAAAGAACAGUCUGGGCCAAAAGAUCUACAAGGCCAAAGAGAAGAACGACUGCUGCACCAGGAACUGCUGCGGCUCGCUGCGCAGCUUCGACAUGAAGAUAAAGGACAACAUGGACAGGGAGGUCAUCCGUCUCAUACGGCCUUUCCGCUGUGUCUCGUGCUGGUGUCCCUGCUGCCUGCAAGAGAUGGAGGUCCAGGCACCACCAGGCACCACCAUAGGCUAUGUAAAACAGGACUGGCACCCUUGUCUGCCAAAGUUUUCCAUCCAGGGAGCCAACAAGGAGACCCUGAUGAAACUGGAGGGGCCCUGCUUUGCUUGCAACUGCUGUGGCGACGUCAACUUUGAGCUGAAGAGCAAAGAUGGUGAAACGCCCAUUGGUCGCAUCAGCAAGCAGUGGAGCGGCCUUUUGAAAGAAGUCUUCACAGACACGGACAACUUUGGCAUCCAGUUCCCGCUGGACCUGGACGUGAAGAUGAAAGCUGUGCUCAUGGGAGCCUGCUUCCUCAUUGAUUUCAUGUUCUUCGAAAAGGUCGGGGACGCCAACCAGCGCAGCACGGUGUUUUCAUAACCGAGGGGAAAACAACAGCACUAGAGCAAGUGCCAGAAAUAUAUUCUCUGUUCAUGUACUGUACUCUGUUUUUAAAAAUCCUGCCUUCACCAAAUUCCAGCAAAAAUGGCGUCAAUCCCAGGAUUAUUUUAUACACACAGACCAAAAUGAGCCGAUAAACUCUUGAUUCCAGAUUCCAGGAUUGUUUUUUAUAUCUAUCCAAACUUAUUUAGUGAUACCUGCUGCCGUUUUGCCAAGGCCUUUUACACUCUAUGUAGUCUGUAGUUUUAGCUAUUUGAAGUGAGUGAAUGCACCACCAUCUGAGAUUUAAUACCUGCCAAAGAAAGUCAACAUCACCCCUCAGUGUCUUUUUCAUUGCCCGCAAAUAGAAAUAGGAGUGGAUUUCCACACAAUUAUAUGCUUUAUCUAUUAUUAGCACACUCUUAUAGGUGUGGUACAAUAUUGGUGUGCAUCUAGGCUAGGGGAUCGUCUUGUAUUGUUAGCCAUGCUAGCAGCUAGCAGAUCCUUUGUGUUUAGUGCAAAUUAGCAAUUAUGCAUUAUAUUAUUACGCAAACAAGCUAAAUUAAGAUGCCUAACAUGGUAAAAAAAAAAAACUGCUGAACUUUUAAUCUUAUACAUAACACAAGAGUUACAGUACAUAAAACCUAAACAUUAGCCACAGUAAUUGUUUAGCUUGAAUUGGGAAGUGGUGGUUGGGUCAGCAAGAGUUGUGAACACGGGAGUUGACACAUGCUGAGGGUAUUUACCAAAGUGCUCCUUCCUCUACCUCUCAGCAGCCUUUCUCUUCCUCAAAGCCCUCUGUCUUGAACCCUAGUAACAAGCCCGUAGCAUAGACUAUAGUGUAAAUGCUCCCAUGGCCCCGCUGCAGUUUAUUGGUUGCCAUGGAGACUGACUUCACCUCCAAACCUGGCCCUCCAAUUCCUCCAGGUUCCAGUGCCUUGAACAUGUGCCAGGGUAAUGAUUUAGAAAAGAGAGUGAGUGUAGGUUAAAAGGAGGAAUAAUUCAAGUAAAGGAAUAGAAAGAAAAUGAAAAGCAGAAGUUUGGGUUAGUAAACCUUAUUCUGACCUCACAGUGGUUGGAAAACCCUUGUCAGUUGUUGGUUUAAGGAAACACAUGAACGUCCUGUAGUUUUGUCUAGCAGAAAGAGACCUGAAUGUAAAGUUGUCAUGUGAAAUUUAGUUUUUAGUUUUUAGCUCAUAUCGCCUAAGAAUAAAUAAGAAUAAGAAAUGAAAGCUUAAAGUUUGCAAAUGUUGCCCAUUGCUGUUGAAUGCCACUAUCUGCUCUGUAUAUAUCCAUCAUUAAUGUGACAUAACAUGGGUGUGCCUCCUGUGAGGCUUGGUUGCCACUAGUGCUCUCAAAUCCAGACUACAGCUCUCUUACACUGCCAGUAACUAAAUGUGUGAUAUAUAUAUAUAUAUAUAUAUAUAUAUAUAUAUAUAUAUAUAUACUGUAGGCCAGGAUAAUAAGUCAUUUUUAUUGCUCUCACUUCUUGAUGUAAAUAAGCUUGCAUAGACUUGAGUUAAAUAAAUUGAACAUUAUGGCAGCUAUUAUUAUUGCCACAGUUAUGUUCUUGUCGUAUUCAUUGCAGUGCAGAUUCUUCAUAUCGCUCUGCACUUUUAGUUACACUACACUGUAGUUAAAUAACCUUAGUAAAACAUAAUAA